UGUUUAAUUUAGGUUCAUUUCGUCCUUCAUUUAUCCUCUUCAACUUUAAUAACUGUUCACAGCUUCGAAGACGUAAAGUUUAGAAUCAAUGGACAUCAAAAACCUUGACCUUUCGCUGAUUUCUUCGACAAGGAAAUCUUCAUCAUGGCCGAUUGUUUCCGGCUCCCUCGACCAUGUUGUCACUUGCGAGUCCUCCUUUUCUGCCGUCGAUUCCGAUGAUUCGAGUCGUAAACAUCCUCUUAUCCUGCGCCGUCCUUCACUGGAUUCGGACCCCUGCGAGAUCACAAUUUUUUUCACACAGCAGCAUGAAAUUAGGCAGGUGUAUGUUCGGAGUACAGCUAGGGUUUAUGAGAUAUAUUAUGAAGCGUGUGAAAAGGGUGGAAAUGAGUACUUAUGUACAGUUCGCUGCGGCGUUGCUGCUAGAACUGAGGAGUCACUACACGAAACUGAUGAUGUUGGUUUGCCUACAAGUACUAGUAACUCCAAUGGAAGUUCUUGUGAAGGGCAUUCCAGAUCUGAAAGUGGAGGCAGCACCAAUGAAGAUGGUUGGGUGGAUGUCAAAGUGCGAAAUUCCUCUAUGCUUGACGCCAGAGAUAGUUUUCUGACAAAAAAAGACAAGAGCUGUAUGAAUCGAGUCAAUCAGGACAGUUUUGAGGCUACUGCAGAGAUUUCUGAUGGUGCUCCAGUCGUGUCUGUAACUAUCCGUUUGCUAUCUAUUCAGAGUGGAGAGUACAUUAACAUUGAUGAAAUUUAUGUGUUUGCUGAUCCUGUGGUAUCAUCUGAUACCAAUUCUUUACCAAAUAAACCAGAGACCUCAUCUGACAUGGCCACCAUGUCAUUGCUCAUUCCAACACUUCUGCAGAUGUCUAAAAAUCAGAGGAACCAAAAGCAAGGUCAAAGUGAUUCUUCUGCAGUAGUUAAUAAGUGCCAUAAUCCUGAAGAUAAGCCAAUCGGCAUGCCUAUGAUAGCUAGUACUUCUCAGUCAGAAAGUACCCAGGAAGCCCUGCUUAGUAGUGGAUCUGAACUCAUGUCCCAAUCAGAAUUACAAAGGCUAGAUUCUCAAGUCAAGUCUUUUCCUUCAAGUGACAGGAGUGAAUUUUCUUGCAGUCGAAUAGAGAGAACUCUGGAUGAACUCGUUUCUCGAGUUACUAAAAUUGAACACUUCUGUUUGAGGUUUGAGGAAACUUUGGUAAAGCCAGUUAGCAACAUGGAAGCAAGGCUCGAAAGGAUAGAGCAUCAAUUGGACACCUUUUUCAAGACUGCAAAGUCUUCCAUGACAGAGUGCACAAGAAUAUCUGCCCCAAACUAUAUUUGUUCCGAGUCUGAAUCAGAUUCCAUCUUCACUGAAGGAAAUGAUUCUCCAAGUACUAUACAAUGCAAGUCAAUAAAAAAAGAUCAAGAUUCUUUUGAAGACAUGUCCAACACUCCCUCAGAUGCCUAUUCAUCUCUCUGUAAUCAACCCAAUGGUGUGCCUUCAUCCACCACUGCUUCUCAGUUACAUCCUAGUCUUGUGCUCACUGCACCAGACUUUUCUUUUGUUGAUGACGAGGGAGAUAAUGGUCCCUUGGAAACGUUAAAAGAGUCCCCAAAAAGCAUUUUGAAGAAACCAUUAUCAAUUGAUGAUUGUCUCGCUUCUGCACUUGCCGGUUUUUUAUCUUCAGCAUCUAUUAAUAUUAAUAUGGAUGAAGAAACUGCUGAUACAUAUAGCAAAGAAGAAACUGGAAAGACUUCCCAAUCAGAAGUUAUUAAAUCUGAUGAUCAAGCUGUCCUUUUUGAUGUCCCUGAUAUUUCUGGGAAGUAUAAUGUGGAAAUAGAAGAAGAUUCUUCUGUGGCUGACAAUGGUUUUACAGAAACAAAAUUCGUUGACAAAAACAGCCUUAUAUAUGAAGGGGAUAAUGAGACGCACAUUAGUACUUGUAAUGAAGUUAAUGUUGACCAAGUUAAAACAGUUGGUGAUUUGAGUGUAGAUGUCAGAUCCAUAGAAGCUGAGGAUGACUCGAAUCAAUUGUUUUCUUUUGAUUCCCCUGUCAAUGAUACCAAUGUUACUGCGUUAAGAAUACCAGCAGACUGCAUCAACUCCUCAUCUGGAAUAGAGACUGCAAAUGAAAGUGCGGGUAUACUACUAAACACCCUCAAGUUACAAAGCCCUUUUGUUGUAGAUUUUGAAACACCAAUACUGGAUGUGACGUUCUUAUCACAAGAGAGUUCUUCUAAGUACUCUCUUGAUGGCCUUCUUGUGGAUGAUCCCGAGCUGCACAGUGAAGUUUCUUAUGGUAAAGAAUACAAUGCUACUUCAUUCAAUCAGCAAAGCAAUUUAGACAAUGCUACUCCAUUCAAUAAGCAAUGUGAUUUAGUUAUAAUCGACAAUGUGGACUCCGCAACUUCUGAAACAUCCACUAAUUUCUCGUUUUGUUUAGAUUAUCAUGAUGCUGAUUGCGUGCCUUUAAAUAGAGAGGAAGCAGAACAGAACAAAUGUAGCACACAAGAUAUGGGUGCAAGUCUAAUAUGAUAGCUAUGUUUCACAGAAGAUAUAUAUUUUGCUGCACAUAGAUUUCUUGCUUAACACUGUACUUAAUUGAUUGUCCUUCAUCCUCUGCUCUGACAUGCAUCUCAUUUGCCUCAAUGUUUUUCAUUGUGUGCUUGUGCAAUGAGCUUAGAUAUUUUCCUGUUUCUGAGGGAACAGUCAUAAUAUUGUUUGGAUACUUGAAUAUAUUGCCCAAGGUUUAAUACUACAGCAACCUCCUUUACUCUCCAA